AAAAAAAGAAAAAAAAGAGUCGUCUGUUUAUCUCUCUUACUACAAUCAUUUCAUAUUCUUCUGUGGAUCCAAUGCUACAAAUGAGCUCUACGAUUUUCCAUAUUUCUGACCCGAUUUGCCAUCCCAACUGAAUCCAUUUCCGCAGCCUAUUCUUUAUCCAAGAUUUUAUCUUUUAUCCUUUAUUUUUAUCGAACCCUAUCUUCUCUGUUUCCAAUUCCAUUGCAAAACCCUCGUUCAAAAUUCAAUCUUCAAUUGUAUUUCGACCUCCCUUUGUUAUCAAUUUUUGGUUUCCAAAUUCGGGACUUUGGAAUCUGGGGUUUUGAAUUGUUGUUCAAAACCCUAAUUGCAAGGAAAAAAUGUCGACGAGGGGGAGCAGAUCUGAGAAGGUGAAGAGAAUAUUCCAGCAAUUCGAUGUGAACAGGGACGGCGGUCUGAAUCGGGAGGAAAUGGCGGCUUUGGUGGUCGCCGUGAACCCCCGGGUCAAGUUCAGCGACGAGCAAAUCAAUGCCAUUCUCGACGAGGUUUUCAGGACCUACGGCGAGUUCAUCGACGGCGAGAAGGGCCUCACAUUCGACGGCCUGUUACGCACUUACGAUGACGGAGCCGGCGACGUCGACCGUGACUUCGACGCGCUGGGCCUCGAACUCAAGCCGGAAAAUGAUAACGGAAUUUCGAUGGCCUCGGAAGGGGCGUCGUCGUCAAUUGCCGAUGAGCGAGUGAUGGAGCCGCACAAGAAACAGAGAACCGCGGCCUGGGCGGCCUCGCCUAACCACGGAAUAGUAUUCGACGAUACUUGGAAACUCGUUGACGACCUCGAAAUCCUCAUAAAACGCCUCAAAGCUAAGCAGUCCAAGGAUGGGAAGCUUAAAAAUGACAAUUCCGACGUGUACUCCGACCCGGGUUGGUCCCGGGAAUUAGGGCCUUCCUCCGAGCUUUCCGAUAAACGGGUGGUUUGGGACGAAUCGGGGCACGAUUACGCCGUUUUUGUCAAAGAAUUGGGCGUUUUGAGGUCUAGGGCUGACGGGGCAAGGUCAAGGGAAGAAGCUUUUGAUGGCCAUAUGGCCUUAGGUAGGGUUUUAUAUGAUCACCAAUUAUUUAAGGAGGCAUUGGUUAGCUUUAAGAGAGCCUGUGAAUUGCAGCCUGCUGAUGUGAGACCUCAUUUCAGAGCUGGAAAUUGUUUGUAUGUUCUCUCGAGGCACGGGGAGGCGAAAGAAGAGUUUCUUCUUGCAUUAGACGCGGCAGAAGCCGGUGGGAAUCAGUGGGCUUAUCUGCUUCCUCAAAUUCAUGUGAAUCUUGGAAUUGCUCUUGAAGGUGAGGGUAUGGUGAUUAGUGCCUGUGAGCAUUAUAGAGAGGCUGCAAUUUUGUGUCCUACUCAUUUUAGGGCUCUUAAGCUAUUAGGUAGUGCACUUUUCGGUGUGGGUGAGUAUAAGGCUGCUGUUAAGGCACUUGAGGAGGCUAUUUAUAUGAAAAAUGAUUAUGCUGAUGCCCACUGCGAUCUCGCUUCUGCUUUGCAUGCCAUGGGGGAUGAUGAUAAUGCGAUUAAGGAGUUUCAGAGAGCUAUUGAUUUGAAACCUGGCCAUAUUGAUGCUUUGUACAAUUUGGGUGGACUUUAUAUGGAUAUGCAGAGGUACCAGAGAGCUUCGGAGAUGUACACGAGGGUCUUGACUGUUUGGCCGAACCACUGGAGGGCACAGCUGAAUAAGGCUGUGGCGUUGUUGGGGGCUGGUGAAAACGAGGAUGCUAAGAAGGCUUUGAAGGAAGCGUUGAAGAUGACAAACAGAGUGGAAUUGCAUGAUGCUAUAGCACACUUGAAACAGCUUCAGAAAAGGCGGUUGAAGGGGAAUGGGAGUGGCAAUGCAGAGGAAGCCUUUGUCAUUGUGGAACCGUCAAAAUUCAAGACUGUUGGUGAGAAAACUACGUUACGGCCAGAGUUAGCCACUGCUCUUGAUAUUAGGGUUUUUCAGAGGAUUACUAGACUGAAACGUUGCGAUGUUGAAACCUUAAAGAAGGAAAUGAAUGAAACUGAUGUACCAGUCUCCUAUUCAGGGAGCGGUGCACCUGAGAAAUCGAUACGCAAGGCUUCACUAGAGGAAAUUCUCCGCAAGUUACUUGGUUUCUUGAAGCCAGAAACUUUUGUAGAGGCUGUCAAAGCCAUAAACCAGAAAAUCCUCUCUGUUUUAGAUGAUUCAGAAUCAGGAAGAGUGGAUUUGGGCAUGUUUUUGGCUCUUCUUGCCCCUUUAUGUGGAGGAACUCCUGACAAACGAAAACGCAUAGUGUAUGAUGUGCUUCUGUGGAGGCCUGUGAACGAGGGUGGCACACAAAUUAGGAAAACUGAUGCCCAGAGGUACAUCAAGCUGUUGAGAGCCAUAUACAUUCCUUCCCACGGGGCUAGUGAGCUUCUAGAAAUUCAUGGGGAAGUCGACAACUCACUGGUCUCUUUCCAAGAGUUCCUCGUGAUGUUUGAUGAUCCUGAUUGGGGUUUUGGUAUUAUGAACACCUUAUUGAAGCUCGAAGUUGGGGACAGGAAUCGUCAUGGCAGCCAUUGCUGUGCAACUUGCCGCUACCCUAUCAUUGGAUCACGCUUCAAGGAAAUGAAAUCACACAUCAGCUUGUGUAGCCAAUGUUACAGCGAAGGAAAAGUACCUCCCACCUGCAAGCAGGACGAGUAUAAAUUCAAAGAAUACGCAAGUGAGUCUGAUGCAGUGAAAGAUAAAUGUAUGUGGUUUGGUAUGCACUCGAAAAGUUCUUCUCCCACUGCCACAACUACCACCAGCUAGGCUAGUCAAGUUCGCGUCUUUGAACUCUCGUGUACUCUUUUCUGCAUCGUGUUUAGCUGUUCGAGUUCAGCGGAUUCAUGCUCUUGUACAAUAAUCCAUUCUUUGUCUUCCCCACUGUAGAAAACUUGUGGCUCUUUUCAGGGUGGGUUCUUUUCGUUCUUCUAACUCCUUAGAAGGUCCAUGAAUUGUUUCUUUAGUAUGCUCAGAUGGUGUAAAGUUUUCAUUUUUCCAUUGAACCAUGUACCUUUCUCUGAUCUUGACUCUGCAUUAAGUUUACCUGUGUAAACACCUUUUUUUUUUUUUUUACCUAAUUGUCAAAAGUGAAAAUGAUUGAUCUGUGUGCCAAA